AUGCCCAAAUCCUCACCGUGCGCAUUCCCAUGGUCCUCCCUGUGGCUGGCAUCUUUGGCUACUUUGGUUGUGCAGUCGGUGCUCUCUUCCUCCUACUCUUCCUCCUCUACAUAUCAGAGAUCUGCAGCCGAUGGGAAGCGACCCGGCUUCAUGGAGAGGACGCUGGUUCUCUUGGAUGUCAACACCCGCAGUCCGAUCAGAGUCCUCAACGACAACUUCCUUUCUUUGCAGCUGGACCCCUCGAUCAUCAAGGACGGGUGGCUGGACUUUCUAAGCUCAAAGCGGCUCGUGACACUCGCGCGCGGCCUGUCGCCUGCCUUUCUGCGUUUCGGGGGGAAGCGGACCGACUUCCUGCAGUUCAACAACCAGAAGAACCUCGCCAAGUUCAGAGGGCCGGGGCCAGACUACUAUCUGAAGAACUACGAAGACGACAUAGUGCGCAGUGACAUCGCAUUGGACAAACAGAAGGGCUGCAAGUUGGCCAACCACCCUGACAUAAUGCUGGAGCUGCAGAGAGAAAAGGCCGCCACCACACAGCUCGUCCUGCUGAAGGAGCAACUGUCCAACAUCUACAGCAACAUUACAAUAACAGCCAGGUCUUUAGACAAACUGUACAACUUUGCCGACUGUGCUGGUCUGCACCUGAUCCUGGGGCUCAACGCGCUGCACAGAAACCCAGACAACUCCUGGAAUACCUCCUCCACCCUGAGUCUCCUAAAGUACGGCGCUGGAAAGAAGUACAACAUAUCCUGGGAGCUUGGAAACGAGCCUAACGCGUACCGCAGCAUGGUGGGUCGAGCGGUCAACAGCACGCAGUUGGCUCAGGACCACACCAAGCUGCGGACCCUGCUGCAGUCUGUGCGCUACUACCACCGAGCUCACCUCUACGGCCCCAACGCAGGUCGACCCCGGAAGAACGCCAUCCUGCUGCUGGACGGGUUCAUGAAGAAUGCCGGCUCUGUUGUAGAUGCAGUUACGUGGCAACAUUAUUAUAUGGACGGCAGAGUGAACAAAGUGGAGGACUUCCUAAAGACCCGUCUGUUGGACACACUGACAGAGCAGAUAAAUAAAGUCACCAAGGUUGUGAACACACACUCUCCUGGUAAGAAGGUGUGGCUGGGUGGGCUCGGGCCGGCGUGGGCAGGAGGCAUCAACAAUCUCUCCGACACAUACGCUGCUGGCUUUCUGUGGGUGAACGCGCUGGGAAUGGCUGCUGUGCAGGGGAUUGAUGUUGUCCUGCGUCACUCGUUCUUUGACUACGGAUACACACACCUUGUGGACCAGAACUUUAACCCUCUACCUGAUUACUGGUUCUCUCUGGUCUACAAGCGUCUGGUUGGUCCGAGGGUUUUAGCCGUGCGGGUGGCUGGACUGCAACGGAAGCCACAACCAGGACGAGUCAUACGGGACAAGCUGCAAAUCUACGCCCACUGUACCAGCUACUACAACCAUAACUAUGUGAGAGGGUCCAUAACGAUCUACAUCAUCAACCUGCAUCGGUCGCGAAAGAAAAUCAAGUUGGCGGGGACAUUACGGAACAACAUUGUCCAUCAGUACCUGCUGCAACCCUACGGCACUGACGGACUCAGAGCCAAAUAUGUCCAGCUGAACGGGGAGAAGCUGCUCAUGGUGGACAAUGAGACAUUUCCCGAGUUAAAGCCUAAGACAUUGAGGGCUGGACGGACAAUAGCCAUGCCUCCCAUGACCAUUGGCUUUUAUGUCAUCAAAAACAUUAACGCAUAUGCCUGCCGAAGAUAACACUGACCCCCUCGUCCGGAGCUUUAGGAGCACUGCUCAAAGUCACAGCUUUGAUCCAAAGCUUCAAAACAAGAUGUGGCUUUUAAAUGUCGUUCCCUUUUCUGCUGAAACACAGGGAGGUCAGAAAAAACUGCUUUUUAGAAUUUGCAUGUCUUGCUCAAGGACACUUCAGUAGAGUGGACACUUGAGUACAGUACAAUCAUGUAGUCUUCAUCAUUAUUCAUGACUAAAGAAAGACUUGCCCAAAACACAUACAAAAGGGCUGCACUGAACUCUUUUCAAUUCUUUUCUCCAGCAGCUCUUUGUUCAAGACUCUAAUGUUUGUGUGACUUUGUAUGAAGUUAUGCAAUAUCACAAAAGUCCACCUUAAUGCAACUUAUUAAGCUAUCAUUUCUCUGCUUGGAUUGUAAAACCUAGAGAUGUUAUCUCUGUCUGCCCAGGGUUUCUUCUGUUUUUCAUAAUUCAUCUUUCACUGACCGAUGAAGAGAAAAGAAUGCAGCGUUUCUGAAGAUUACACAAGUCAAGAACAUACAAAGUGUGAGUG